GUCACCCGUAGGGGUAUUGGGGGGCCCGGGAAGGGGAGGAGCGGUUCCUGUCGGCAUCCUCGAGGAGGAGACGGGCUGCGAGGCCGGGCGAGUUCCCACGGGUGGUGGGCGGCGGCGAGAUUGGCUCGGACCCGGGUCCCGACCGUGCGGUGAAGCUCCUGGAAGCCCGCCCCCUGCCCCCAGCCCCCAGCCCGCCUCUUCCGUGCUUAGGGCGUGAGGUUUGGUUGGGAUCUGUCUGGAGCACAACAGAAAACUUUUCCCCUCCCGGCCCCUGGGUCCCUUUUGUCUUUCUUGGAGGCGCCGACGACUCCCGAGCUGCGAGUCCUUGUCUCCCGGCCGGCGCGCCGCGCCCGCUGACCUCCGAGGGCAGGAGCGCUCGGGCUCCGUGCGCUCGAUGGCGGCGGCCGGCAGCCCCGCGCCCCGGCGGGCACAGGCAGCAGCGCGUCCCCCGCCCCGAGGCCGCCGGCCGCCCCUCCGGCGCGGGGUUAGGGGCGCCCCCCACCCUCCUCCGCGCGUCCUCCGCCCUCGCCGCCCGCCCCCUCGCCUGACUCAUCCGCCCGCGGUGGCCGUGCCGCGUCCGCCUCCCGAGCCCCGCCGGGAUGGGGAGGGAACCCGCGGCUGCCGGAGGCUGCCGAGAUUCCCUCUGACGCCCCCGAGCCCGCCGCCCCCUUCGCUCGUCUGCGGAGGCGCCCGACGUCCCAACUGCUCCUGCAGUGAGAGUCCGGAGAGGCCUCUGGACCCCUGAGGCCCCGCGCUCAGGACAGGGGACAGCAUGGGAAGUCUUCCUCAAGCAAAAUGCAUUUGGAAAAAAACACAAAAACAAAAACAAAACUUGUGUAGAGACCAAAAAACAAAUCUGCAGUGAGAUGGACCCUUCAUUUUAUUAAGGGAUAGAUGAUUUGCAGUUUUGAUUACCUCUCUAAGCAAGAUCCGUGGAAGAGGCUAAUCCUGGGUCAAAGGAGCAAAAGACUGAGCUAUGAUAGCAACCGGUGGAGUGAUAACCGGCCUGGCCGCCUUGAAAAGGCAAGACUCGUCCAGGUCGCAGCAUCAUGUCAGCCUCAGCCCAUCGCCUACUGCCCAAGAGAAGAAACCCGUCCGGCGGCGGCCUCAGGCCGAUGUCGUGGUGGUUCGAGGCAAAAUCCGGCUUUAUUCCCCAUCUGGUUUCUUCCUCAUUUUAGGAGUGCUUAUCUCCAUUGUAGGAAUUGCCAUGGCGGUCCUUGGAUAUUGGCCCCAAAAAGAACAUUUUAUUGAUGCUGAGACGACCCUGUCAACCAACGAGACUCAGGUCAUUCGGAACCAAGGUGGCGUGGUGGUCCGCUUCUUUGAGCAACAUUUGCAUUCUGAUAAAAUGAAAAUGCUUGGCCCUUUCACCAUGGGGAUUGGCAUUUUCAUUUUCAUUUGUGCUAAUGCCAUUCUUCAUGAGAACCGUGACAAAGAAACCAAAAUCAUACACAUGAGGGAUAUCUAUUCCACAGUCAUCGACAUCCACACGCUGAGGAUCAAGGAGCAAAAGCAUAUGAAUGGCAUCUACACUGGUUUGAUGGGAGACACAGAAGUAAAACAGAAUGGGAGCUCCUGUGCCUCGAGGCUGGCCGCAAAUACCAUUGCCUCGUUCUCGGGUUUCAGGAGCAGUUUUCGGAUGGACAGCUCUGUUGAGGAAGAUGAACUUGCGCUCAACGAAAAUAAGAGUUUGGGGCACCUCAUGCCACCAUUGCUUUCGGACAGCUCCGUCUCUGUCUUUGGCCUCUACCCACCUCCCUCCAAGAUGACUGAUGAUAAGACCAGUGGCCCUAAGAAAUGUGAAACCAGAUCAAUUGUGUCAUCGUCCAUCAGUGCUUUUACAUUGCCUGUGAUCAAACUUAAUAACUGUGUUAUUGAUGAGCCCAGUAUAGAUAACAUCACUGAAGACGCCGAGAACCUCAAAAGUAGGUCAAGGAAUUUGUCAAUGGAUUCCCUAGUGGUCCCUUUGCCCAGUGCCGGUGAGUCCUUCCAGCCAGUCAGCACGAUGUUCCCAAGGAAUAAUUCCACUGGGGAGUCAUUGUCGAGCCAGUACAAGUCCUCUGUGGCCCUCGGACCCGGGGCCGGACAACUCUUGUCUCCUGGGGCUGCUAGAAGACAGUUUGGGUCCAACACAUCUUUGCAUUUGCUCUCGUCACAUUCAAAAUCCUUAGACUUAGACAGGGGUCCCUCCACCCUAACUGUUCAGGCAGAACAACGGAAACACCCAAGUUGGCCUCGGUUGGAUCGAAGCAAUAGCAAAGGAUACAUGAAACUAGAGAAUAAAGAGGAGCCCAUGGAGAGGCUGCUUGUGCCUCAAGCUGCAAUCAAAAAAGACUUUACCAAUAAGGAGAAGCUUCUCAUGAUUUCAAGAUCUCAUAACAAUUUGAGUUUUGAACAUGAUGAGUUUUUGAGUAACAACCUAAAGCGGGGAACUUCUGAAACGAGGUUUUAAUGUUCAAAAAUAUAUUAUUUUACGAGGCUAUAUAUUUUAAAACUAUUUUCACCCUUGUUUCCUUGUUGAAGUAUGGGUUAUAAGCCUUUUUAAUCAAAUGGUUUGUAGUGGGUUAGACCUGGUUGCUUAAUUCUGUGGUGGAGACGGCUGUAUGUUUGGGUUACUUAUGAUUGCAGGACUUUCUAUAAUUACACGAUUUUAUAGUUUCCCUGCCUUCGAAAGUAUUAUCUCUUUUAUCAAUAUGAACACAGAACUCUUCCAUCUAUACUAAAGCUCCCUUUCUUUACUUUCAAGUUCUCUCAUUGAUGGUCAUCUGCAUAGAACUAAGUGUCUAGUUCGGAAAAGGUAGGGUACCAAAGUGGGGACUCGAAGUACCAAAUUUAGGCCCAAGACUCAACAUAAGUGUGUAAAUGAGCAUGAGUACAAAUCUUAGGUGUGAUUUUCUAAAAACUGCUUUUUUCCCCCCCAAAAUUGGUUAAAUUAUUUAAAAGGAGAAAGAUCCAGUUUCUGGGCGAGCUAAAUAAUGUGAAUUGGUGAAACUGGUUUAGUUUUAUGUGAGCUAAUUGAUAGGAAUUAUUUAAGUUGGUUGUGACUAGUACCCUGAGCUCUGGGUAGGUAUAUCUUUUUUCAUUAUUAGUUCUAUUUUAGUGGUAUUUUAUCAAGAAACCAUGUAUUCAAGAGCCAUGGCGGAGAAUGCCAGGUAUUCUUAGGGGUAAAUAUCAAAAUGCUAUUAGCUUGUAACUUUAGAUAUUCAGAAUCAAAAUUUCUUUGCAACUAACUUGAAAAAGGAAUGAACCAAUUUAGUUUGUAGGAAUGCUAUCUUGAAAUAAUUAUAUACAUGAAGAAGAUGUUGACUAGUCACAAAAAUACACUAUGGCUUAGUUAGCGCUAACUAGUCUCAGUACCUUUCCUAGCCAUCUCUUUAUCAUCCAGCAUCCAUUCAUUCCCACACCCUUCUUUCCCCUCAAGAUUUUUUAGAUCCUGUUCUUUGGAAAAUAAUCAGCUAACCUUGACAUUUCUUUUUAUCUUUGUGUAUCACUAGCUUGGUGAUUCAAGAAAAUUUAGUCCUUGACAAAUUGCCUUGAAAUGUACCUUGGCCUGGAAAGCCUUAUGAAGACCCCAAAGACUUUCUUAUGGUGUAAACAUUUUGGGGAUUGUAGCUCUCAAUUAUCGAAGAUAACAAAUACGAAAAUGAAUGUUUCCAACAGAAAAUGUCAUGUUUUCCAUUAAGGUAACAUUCAGUUGUAAGAACUGCUUAAUGGAAUACUCAGGAAAUUUUACAGGUUCUUCCCAAUGUCUAAAUGUUUCUGAGCAUCAGUAUUCAUCUGUUGUGGAAGAGGAGAAGGAAGAUAUAUUUCUGUUUGUAGCUCCCCACAAUUCCACCUUGUGUUGGCUCACGAGCUUCCCUGAAUUGGGUCAAUGUUACUUGUUAGAACACCAAGCUUGUGUAUUAUAAUAGAGUGGACUCAAUA